GGGGCUAACAUGGCUGGGAUAUAGGGCAUCAUGUCAAAUGCGAUAAUGGCAGCCCUAAAUGCACACGAUGCGAGAAAUUCGGGAGGGAGUGCAUUCGACGGGUGAAGUUUCGCCAUGGCUCGGGCUCGACUGUGAGAUAUAUCGACGAGACGCCCAAGUUCACAGGGACUUCGACGGACCCUUCCCCACGAUCAAAUCGUGUCUCAAAUGACGAUCCAACUCCUCACAUUCCAACGCUCUCUCAACCUACCUCACCAGACAAGCCUCAAAGCAACCCAUACCCCUUGGCUCCAAAUCGGCCCUAGUGAAUCAUGUCUCCUUCGUUACUUUGUCGAAGAGCUAGCAAGAUGGUUCGACAUCUGCGAUCCUUCAAACCACUUCGAAAGUACAAUCCCCCAGCGAGCACGCGAAUGUUUUACUCUCCGGCAUGUAAUUCUAGCUGCGUCAGCGAGACAUUUCAGUACCCUGCCUACGGACCGACAGACAGCUACCUUCCAGAAAUACAAUAUGAAGCACGAUAUAACAAUCGACGAAGAAACAGUGCUAUACUACCACAAUCAAUGCAUCACAGAUCUCCGCUCCCUAGCUGCUCAACCAGACGCAAUCAUGGACGAGAAUCUGCUCGCGGCGGUGGUUAUACUAAGAUUCUAUGAGGAGUUAGACAACCCCUUCGUAGCCCUCCCCACCGAAACUGCCGCUCGCGGACUACAUGUCUUUAUCGAGGCACAAGCGCAAACCGCACUCUCUCCUCCCCCUACCCUUCCGUCCAAUUCCAAUGCCAAUGGCACUCUCCGACAGGCAGUCUUCUGGACGGGCUUCCAGCAGGAAUUCCACAUGGCGUUUUCGCAACAACGGCCCUUUCGUCUUCCGCUUUCACUUUCUGUUACGCAGGGUCAUCUAGUCUGGAUUCCUGCGUCGGAUGCGGUUUGGACCAAUCGACUGCUUAUUAUUGGAGCACGGGUGAUUCAGUACUGCUAUAAUGAUACAUUUCCCGGAUACGGGAGUGUAGCUGGGUAUCGCGAGUUACUUGCCCUACGGGGUAAAUGGGUUCGUUCGAGACCUAUAUCUUUCUCGCCCGUGUACAUUGAAGAACCAAAUCCGGAAGAAAAGACAUUCUUCCCAGGAAUAUGGUAUCUAGACGACUGCCACAUCGUCGCAGCGCAAACCCUCAGCCUUCUCGAUAUCCUCUUCACUGCGUAUUCACCAUACAUUCCUCGCAUCGGAUCUGCGCUCCAUCUGGAGAUGGAGAAUGUAGAUGAGAAGUUGAGGACUGCUGCGUUGGAGAUUUGUGGGAUUGCAAUAUCGAAUAAAUAGUCUGCGCCGGCGUUGACGACGGCUUGUAUUGCGGUUAGUAUUUGCGCAGAGAGGUUUGUUGGUUGCUGUGAGGUGCAGAGGGCGUUGAUAGAUGUGGUUGUUGAUAUGGGGGGGGGGAGUUGAAUUAUUGGCCGGC